AUGGACAACAUCGUGCCUGACCCCUGGACAGAUCUUGGCGAUACCCAAAGUGGUCUACAGAUCGGGGCUCUAACGCAGGACUGUCGCCCAUCCCCCGUUCCUGGAUCAUCGUCCCCUAUCGACAGUUCCUACGUUAGCGUAGCCCGCCGGAAAGGCUGCCCAGUUUGGCUGUAUUCUUUCCCGAGCUGGGACAAAGAUGGGAAAAGCCAGGGUGUUCGGUUCCGAUGGGUUGAUAACCAUGGCCAAAAGGUGCCAGAAGACCUGGUCAAGCUCGACCAUGGCUACCGGAGCAAGCAACAAACCAAAGCCACUGCCGCCAUUCAUUGGGAUGACUGUUGUGUUCAGCACGUCGGUCAAUAUAACGUAACCUUGGCCGUGUACUGGGCACGGAACCGACUGAUCAGUCUCUCCAAGUCUCGGAGUUCUCGCAACGCGGACCAAUUGCAACGCGGCCAGCCACUGAACGAAGUCCUUGUAUCGACCCGGGACCUUGAGUCUAUUGGAAUGGGCCCCCCAGCUUUGAAGCGGAUUCGUCUCUGUAGUGAUCUGAUGGCAGAGUUUGCUGAGAUUUCCCGGGAAUAUGUGCAAAUGAUGGGCAUUGAGGAAUCGCACAGCUUUGGAUUGGAAGACUGGGAAAAUCCCGAGGUCGAGGACUCAUGCGAGCAAGGAGAGGAUAGUUCGCAGGAAGAUGACUCGCAGGAGGAGGAAGAUUCGGAGGAAGAUUCGGAGGAAGAUUCGGAGGAAGAUUCGGAGGAAGAUUCGGAGGAAGAUUCGGAGGAAGAUUCGGAGGAAGAUUCGGAGGAAGCUUUGGAGGAAGAUUUGGGGGAAGAUUCGGAGGAAGCUUGGGAGGAAGAUUCGGAGGAAGCUUGGGAGGAAGAUUCGGAGACACGCGCGGCGGGCGCUAGGAUCAGAAACUACGGAAGCCGGCAUAGCUAA